GCGCUCCAAGAAGUAGCAGGGUGAACCACGCGCGUAUAGAGGUCGUUGUCUUUUGGAAAGUAUACGAGAUUAUCCUGUCUAAUUCACAAUGUCAGAUACACCUUUGAGGAUUGUGGUAUGUGGUGGCGGAAACGGAGCCCACGUUUUUUCAACUUUAGCGGCAGCACGUGCAAACAUUGACGUCAGUGUUCUCACAAUAUUUGAAAACGAGGCGGAAAGGUGGACAGCAGCCAUGAAAGAGAAUAUUGUGGUUUCCUUCGCUGGAGAAUCUUGUCAAGUGAAAGCUAAGCCAUUUUUGGUCACAAGGGACCCAACAGCUGUGAUUCCGAAAGCCGACGUGAUCGUCAUCGUUGUACCAUCUUACGCGCAUGCGCCAGUCUUGAAAGCUAUUCUACCUUACUGUAGACCACACACUUUCAUCGCUGGUGUUCCGGCACAUCCAGGAUUAGACUUCCAAUUUACACACAUAUUUGGUAGCAAGGCAAAAGAAUGUACCCUUGUCGUUCUAGAAACAUUACCAUGGGCAUGUCGAUUAAUUGAAUACGGUGCGCAUGCUCAGGUUCUUGGGACAAAGGAAAAAGUAGGUGCUGCUUUGGUACAGGGUGAAGACAGUAAUAUCCCACUGGAUUGCAUUGAGACACUUCAGAGAUUGAUUGGCGACAAACCGCGGCUUAAUCUAGUACAGAAUAGUCUAGUCGUCAAUCUGAUGGCUAAAACCAUGAUUCAUCCACCGAUAAUGUACGGGAAAUGGAGGAACUGGGAUGGUAAACCACUUCCGGAAAAGGCCCUCUUCUACCAGGGAAUCGAUGACUCACAGUCACAUUUUCUGGCACAAAUAAGCGAUGAAGUAUUGUUAACAUCCCAAGCUGUCAAAGACAAGUGUAGCAAAACUGAUCUUGACAUUUCACCGAUAAGUCAUAUCAGUGAUUGGGUGAAAGAGUAUUAUGCUGACCAGGUAAAGGAUGGGAGUUCACUGAAACUAUCGUUCCAGACCAACCAAGCAUAUGACGGUCUUGUCCAUCCGAUGAAGGCCGUCGAUGGAGGGGGCUAUGUUCCUGACUUCUCUUACCGUUACACCAGGGAAGAUGUCCCGUUCGGAUUGGUCGUUCUCAAAGGAAUUGCCCAGAUUGUCAAUGUGUCUACUCCAGCUAUGGAUACAGUGAUUAAAUGGGCACAAGAACGUCUUGGCGAAGAGUAUAUCGUUGGGACAGAACUUAAAGGUCGUGAUCUGCCAAAGACAAGAGCACCACAAGUAUUCGGUAUUUACACAGUUGAGCAGCUGUUACUGCCCAGCUAAUCUUGAUACAUUGUUGACUUCCCGAUUAUGUUAUGUAUUACGAAGACACUAUCUCAACGUAAACAGAAAUGCAUCAACCAGGUAGCAAAGACCAUUAUAGUCUCUAACUAGAGCUAAAUCAGGACGAUUGUAAGGAGAAGUUAUAUAAGGACGAUUGUAAGGAGGCGUAAUAUCAGGAUGAUUGUAAGGAGAAGUUGAAUCAGGACGAUUGUAAGGAGAAGUUAUAUAAGGAUGAUUGUAAGAAGAAGUUAGAUCAUGAUGAUUGUAAGGAGGCGUAAUAUCAGGAUGAUUGUAAGGAGAAGUUAAAUCAGAAUGAUUGUAAGAAGAAGUUAAAUCAGGAUGAUUGUAAGGAGAAGUUAAAUCAGGAUGAUUGUAAGGAGAAGUUAAAUCAGGAUGAUUGUAAGGAGAAGCUAAAUCAGAAUGAUUGUAAACGGAAGUUAAAUUAGGACGAUUGUAAGGAGAAGUUAAAUCAGGAUGAUCGUAAGAAGAAGUUAAAUCAGGAUGAUUGUACGGAGAAGUUAAAUCAGAAUGAUUGUAAACGGAAGUUAAAUCAGGAUGAUUGUAAGGAGAAGUUAAAUCAGAAUGAUUGUAAACGGAAGUUAAAUCAGGAUGAUUGUAAGAGGGCGUUAAAUCAUGAGGAUUGUAAGAGGGCGUUAAAUUAUGAGGAUUGUAAGAAGGCGUUAAAUCAUGAGGAUUGUAAGAAGGCGUUAAAUCAUGAGGAUUGUAAGAAGGCGUUAAAUCAUGAGGAUUGUAAGAAGGCGUUAAAUCAUGAGGAUUGUAAGAAGGCGUUAAAUCAUGAGGAUUGUAAGAGGGCGUUAAAUCAUGAGGAUUGUAAGAAGGCGUUAAAUCAUGAGGAUUGUAAGAAGGCGUUAAAUCAUGAGGAUUGUAAGAAGGCGUUAAAUCAUGAGGAUUGUAAGAGGGCGUUAAAUCAUGAGGAUUGUAAGAAGGCGUUAAAUCAUGAGGAUUGUAAGAAGGCGUUAAAUCAUGAGGAUUGUAAGAAGGCGUUAAAUCAUGAGGAUUGUAAGAGGGCGUUAAAUCAUGAGGAUUGUAAGAAGGCGUUAAAU